CUUUUUAUAAUUUUCAUUUUCAUAUAAAUAAACCCCUUCUACCCCUAACCCUAACAGCAUCUCUCCAACAGUUCUCUCUCUUCGAUUUUCAGUUAUCUGGUAGAUUUGUCAGCCUGAUUCUUACCAAACAAAUUCACAAAAAUGGCGGCUAAACGGGUGUUCAACGAAUCCCGGUCUGACCCAGAUCAGCCUCCCGAGAAAAAACCCAGAACUAGACCUUCUUUUGCUUCUGUGAUUGGAGAGGUCGUUAUGGUGAAUUCUAUGAAGAACCUGUUUUCAGCUAUAGAGCCGAUGGUUAGACGAGUGGUGAAGGAAGAGGUAGAGCGUGCUGUAAGGCAAAGUUUUCUCUCUUUAACCAGCUCGCCAUCGCUGAGUAUUCAAGCUCUUGAACCGUCGAGCCUGAAGCUAAUUUUCAGCAAGAACCUUUCUCUGCCAAUAUUCACCGGCAGCAAGAUCACGGACGCGGAAAACAACCCACUUCAGGUCGUCCUCGUCGACACCAGAGGCGGCGGCCAUAUGGUGGUGGCCAAUCUCCCUCACCCAAUCAAAGUAGAUAUCGUUGUUCUAGACGGCGACUUCGCCCCGGGGGAGGGCGAUAACUGGACGAGUGAAGAGUUUGACAGUAAGAUAGUGAAGGAGAGAACUGGCAAGCGGCCUUUACUCACCGGAGAUGUGAGUAAUAUCAACAUGAGAGACGGGCUUGCAGCAAUCGGAGAUAUUGAAUUCACAGACAAUUCAAGCUGGAUCCGGAGCCGCAAGUUCAGGAUUGGUGUAAAAGUUGCAGCAGGAAAUUCUCAGGGAAUUAGAAUCCGCGAAGCCAUCACUGAAGCCUUUGUUGUAAAAGAUCACCGUGGAGAAUUGUACAAGAAGCAUCAUCCCCCAAUGUUGCAAGAUGAAGUGUGGCGUCUUGAGAAAAUUGGGAAAGAUGGAGUGUUCCACAGGAGGCUUUCCUCUUGUGGCAUUAAGUCAGUGCAAGAUUUCCUCAAACUCUCAACGGUGGAUCAACCGAAGCUUAAAAGGAUUUUGGGUGCUGGGAUGUCUGAGAAAAUGUGGGAAGUGACGCUAAAACAUGCAAGAACAUGUGUUAAGGGCAACAAAUUUCAUAUCUAUCGUGGAAACAAUUGCACCGUCAUCUUAAAUCCGAUUUGCCAAGUUGUUAAGGCAGUGAUUAAUGGGCAAACAUAUUCUGCCGGCGAAUUGUCGACUCUUAGUAGCGCUUAUAUAGAGCGCAUGGUGAGGGAUGCUUACGCAAAUUGGCAUUCACUGGAAGAGGUUGAAGGAAGUUUGAAUGAGCCAGCACUUCUUCUAACCCAAGGUGAACUGGUAGAUGAAUAUCCCAGCAACAAUCUGGCUAUGGGAAGACCUGUGCAACAGAAUUCUUUCUCUGACAGAGCUUUCGACAUCGGUUACAUACCGAGCAAUUUGCAUCCAGGCGGCAAUGACUGGCAAAUUCAGACUACAUAUCUUAGCUCAUCAAUUGAUCCUCCUACAGGGUUUACCAUCUCUGAAUCAUCAUCAGACGGUGAUCCAACAACUAGCUCGAGAACUUUCCUCCAUGGAAACUAAUGGAUGUACGAACGUCAACGGGCUAUGAACAAAAAAUUUGGUGUACUUAGGGGUAACAAUAAAACAAUGUGAUUGGGUAUCUAGAUGAUUUAUCAUCAUAUGAUUAGAUAAUUUUGAAUUAAAAAUAAGUGACAUUCAAUCAAAUGAUGACAUUUCAUCUGUAUACCCGCUUAAAACUAGACGCAUAUAAUAUUACGCUUAGCCGUUAGAUUAAUAACAUAGGAAGAAGUGUUUAGGCAUUUGGGACAUAAAAAUGUGGUUUGCUUGAAGGCGAUCCCUCCCAAUUGCUUUCAUUUUUCAGUUUUUCUUUUUAUCUUUUUUCCUGCGUGUUGUAAUACUUUUUUGUGUACAUAAAAAUGAAUGCGAAGGCAGAUGGCAAACUAGCACUUAAACAAUA